ACGAGCGCGAGCGCACGUCAAUAUUUUUUAACAAAAUUUCAUGUUAGUGUAGUUAUUUUUUUAAAAAAUUAACAUGGAUUGGCUAGACACAAAGCCAGUUUUAUUUGCGGACAAAUAUCGCAUAGAAUGUUUGUCGCCUGCUACAUUCCCGGGCGCAUUGAGAGUUAUAAAAGAAUCGUUCUGUCAAGAUGAAUACGUGAGCAUCGGCAGUGAAGUGAAUAAAAAUCCGAUAGCAGCGGAAGAGUUACUGGAGCUAUGUGCGGACGCAGCGCUUGAUGGUGUAUCUUUGGUCGCGGUUGAAGUCGCUACAAAUGAAGUUGUUUCCGUCGCUUUCAACAAAAUUCAAGUACAAUCUUCUAGUGGAUCGGAGAAGCCAUUUUUCGAAGUAUUUGCGGAUGAACGUUGCACUCAAGAUUCCUCGCGUUCACUUAUUCAAUUUAUGGCGACUGUAGACGGAAGGUGCCAUCUAUUUGUUAAAUACGGUGUUGACUGCAGUCUUGAACUAAUGUUCCUUGCGACGUUACGAGAACAUAGACAUAAAAAAUUAGGCAUGAUCUUAUGUAAGUACUCUGUGGAACUUGGUAAGCAGAUUAAAGAUGGUCCUGUUGCCAAAUUAACUGUACAAGACCUUGGUCCGAAAUAUUCUAUGCUUAAAUCGAGGGAACUUGUCGGAACCUAUCCAAAGAUAUGUCAAGCUAUUUGGACGUCUAUAGGAUCUCAAAAGAUCGGCAAAGUUCUAAAUUUUAAAGUUCAUUUAACUGUACCUUUAAAAGAGUUUAUUUUUGAAGGAAAGCCAUACACGGAGCGAAUAGGUGAUGAAAACGCUUUUUGUGAAGUAGCCGCUAUAUCUCUAUAUUAGACUUAAUUAUUUUAAGUUAGUUUUAAUUUAAUGAGCAAGGUAUUUAAUUAACAAACCAUCGUAUUUACUUUAAGGAAAAAUAUGAGAUAAAAACUUAGAUUAUAUGCUAAUAAAAUGUGCGAAUGUUCACUUCA